UACCCGUCAGGAUAUGAUGUGGCUUUCCCUGCGUCUCUACUUCCGGCACAGCUCAUAGCCAUGGCGAAGUCCAGGCUGGAGCUGAAUUUUGUGCGGCUUCUGUCUCGGUGUGAGGUAAUGGCAUCUGAACGGAGAGAGCAGGGAGAAUGGAGGCUGGAGAAGUUUGUUGGAGCACUGGAAGAAAUGCUUACUUCAAUUAAAAAAGACGGCAGCAGCAAGCCUUCUCCUGAACUACUGAUUGAAUACUGCAGAAAAGUAGACUUCCUGAAGGGUCUGUUAGAAGCUGAAAAAUUGCCCUCACCUACUGAAAAAGCCUUGGCUAAUCAGUUUCUUGCUCCGGGGCGCACACCUACAAUCAGCAAAGAACGAACACCAGUGACCAAGACUGUCCAUCUUCAGACACAAGCACGUUACACUGGGGAGAUGAGGAACGAGCUGUUGGAAAAGACUGCAUUGUCACAAAAUAGUUCUGGGGAUUUAUAUCCAAGAAAAAGGAAGGGCUCCACAUCGGAUGACAAACAGACUUCAGCAGAGCUUGAUGCAAUGCUACAGCAUCACAACAACAUGCAAGAGAAGCUAGCUGAGGAGAUGUUGCGUCUUACUCAGAAUCUUAAGAAUAACACCUUAGCGGUACAGAAUGUUAUUAAACAGGACAACCAGACGCUUAACCAAUCUUUGAAACUGGCGGACCAGAACUUUGAGAAGCUGAAGACUGAAUCAGACCGUCUGGAGCAGCAUGCGAAGAAAUCUGUCAAUUGGCUUCUAUGGAUCAUGCUCAUUUUUGUCUGCUGCACAUUUAUCAGCAUGAUACUCUUCAUAAGACUCUUUCCACGGCUGCGGUGACAACCCAUUCUCACAAUUAUAUUCUCUCCAUUUUGCCUGUAAAAUCUAUGCAUCUAAAAAGACACGCAUGGA